GCAGAGUCAGGCUGAGAAUAGAUAACUCGUGUCCUCAGACUCCCAUAACAGUUCAUCAGAUGUUCAAGGACAGCCUAGAAAAAUAUGGAUCGCUUAAUGCUUUGGCCAGCAAAAAAAAUGGAAAGUGGGAGAAGAUAACUUUUUCAGAGUAUUAUUGCCUCUCCAGGAAAGCAGCCAAAGGCUUUUUGAAGAGGAAUUGUCACAGGGAUAUACACAACCAAUUCUCCAGAGGCCUGUCACUACAUUGCUCAUGACAGCAAAACCAAUAUCAUGGUUGUGGAAAAUCGGAAGCAACUGGACAAGAUAAUGCAGAUCUGGAAUCACUUGCCACACUUGAAAGCUGUUGUGCUAUAUAAGGACUCCAUUCCAAAGAGAUACCCAAAUUUGUAUACGAUGGAAGAGUUUCUGGCUUUGGGAGAUGACGUGUCUGAUACUACUUUGGAUGAUAUUAUUAACUCUCAAGAGCCAAAUCAGUGCUGUGUGCUAAUAUACACGUCCGGAACAACUGGGAAGCCAAAAGGAGCCAUGCUGAGUCAUGACAAUAUAACUUGGACAGCAGCACACUGCAGCAGAGCAGGAGAAAUGCAACCUGCAGAGGUCCAACAGGAGUCAAUCGUCAGUUAUCUCCCCCUCAGCCACAUAGCUGCGCAGAUAUAUGACCUGUGGACUGGAAUCAAGUGGGGAGAGCAAGUUUACUUUGCUGAGCCAGAUGCUCUGAAGGGCAGCUUGGUCAACACACUAAAAGAAGUACAGCCAACAUCUCACAUGGGAGUUCCUCGAGUAUGGGAGAAAAUCAUGGAGAAAUUAAAGGAUGCUUCUGCUCAGUCAGGAUUUAUGAAGAAGAAAAUGCUGUCAUGGGCUAUGUCACUUAGCUUAGAGAGAAACCUAAGCUGCUCAAGCAGCAGUGAUUUAAAACAGUUCUGGAUGAGGUUAGCAGACUACUUUGUGCUUGCAAAAGUACGUAAUGCACUGGGGUUUUCUUCCUGUCAGAAGCACUUUUCUGGUGCUGCUCCUCUCAAUACAGAAACACUUUAUUUCUUCUUGGGUCUGAACAUCACCCUGUAUGAGGCCUAUGGGAUGAGUGAGACCUCAGGCCCCCAUUGUCUAUCUGGGCCAACCAAUUACAGGCAGCACAGCUGUGGAAAACCAACACCUGGCUGCAGAGUGAAAUUGGUGGACAAAGAUGCAGAAGGCAAUGGAGAAAUCUGUUUCUGGGGAAGGACUGUUUUCAUGGGUUAUUUAAAUAUGGAAGAAAAAACAAGAGAAUCGUUUGAUGAGGAUGGGUGGCUGCAUUCUGGAGAUUUAGGAAAACUAGACAAGGAUGGCUUUCUCUAUGUCACUGGAAGAAUUAAAGAUUUGAUAAUUACAGCUGGAGGUGAAAAUGUGCCUCCGAUUCCAAUUGAAGAUGCUGUUAAAAAAGAACUCCCAAUUGUUAGUAACGCUAUGGUGAUUGGAGAUAAGAAGAAGUUUUUGUCAAUGUUGCUGACCCUAAAGAGUGUGCUGGACCCAGAUACAUCUGAGCCCACUGACAUUCUCACUGAGCAAGCCAGAGACUUCUGCCAGAAGACUGGUAGUAAAGCCACUAGAGUAUCAGAGAUUGUAGCUGCAAGAGACCAGGCAAUCUACCAAGCCAUUCAGGAGGGAAUCGACAAAGUCAACAUGAAUGCCACUAAUCGGGUCCAUUGUAUCCAAAAAUGGAUAGUCCUGCCAAGAGAUUUUUCCAUUUCGGGGGGAGAACUAGGUCCAACGAUGAAGCUGAAGCGGCUCACCGUGCUAGAGAAAUACAGAACUGAAGUGGACUCCUUCUAUGAAGAAUAA